UCCGUCUGAAACGCAGUGUGCUGGAGAUUGAGGGAGGAACAGACGUGUUCACACAGGCAGCCUGAAGGGGAGAUCACAGAGCUGCAGCUUUCCUGGCACAUUCAAUCUUGUUCAGAAAACACACAGACUGCAGAAGGGUGAUCCUGGCUUCAGAGGGAAGAUCUAGUUUGGAGACUACGUAACGUAAAUCAGAAAGAACUAAAGAUAACGGCUAUUUAGAACAGCUAACUUUAUAUGUCAGUUAGUAGAUUUUUUAUGUAUCGUUGUCCCCUGAGUGGAGGAAAAGGGUUUGCCUCGGGAUAAACAAGUGUGCGGAGGGAGAGGAAGAAAAGCGACAAGGCUGAUCUGGUGGGAAUUCCUCAAGCAACAAGUGAGAAUAACUGUGUGCUGCAGACAUCCAGCGCCUGAACUAUUUUUUUUUUCACCCUGAUUUAAUAUCAUUGCUGGGUCAUAAUGAGGAAUAUUUGGAUACUUCUUACCUUUGGCUUGGUCGGCUUCAUGGCUGGGGGCACGAUUGCAGAAACGCAAACCGACAAAGACCUUUAUAUUGAUAACACAUCAGAAGAAGGGUCGGGAAUCUAUCCAAUUGAUGAUGAUGAUUACUCUUCUGGGUCAGGCUCCGGAAUCUUGGUUACAGACGAUGAAGCUGAGCAAACAACUGUCAGUAUGCUUCCCAGCAGUCCAACUACAAAUGUGACCACUACGCUAAAAAUACAAACCAAAAUACCUUCAGAAACAAUGGAUCCUGAGAAUCCAGAAAUAAUUGACCCAUCUUUUGUGGAACCUGAUGGAGGCACCCAGGUGAAGACUGGGGAAGAAAUAGAGGUGCACACAGCAAAACACAGUGAAAACCUUUUCCACAGAACAGAAGUACUUGCAGCUGUUAUUGCUGGGGGAGGAAUUGGCUUCCUCUUCGCAGUUUUCUUGAUCCUGCUGUUGGUAUAUCGCAUGAGAAAGAAGGACGAGGGCAGCUACGAUCUUGGUGAACGAAAACCCUCCAGCGCCAUUUACCAAAAGGCACCCACUAAAGAGUUUUAUGCAUAAAACUCAAACUAAGUGUCUCUUUUUAUGAGAUCACUGAACUUUUUUUUUUUUUUUUUUUUUUCCUUUUAAAUAAAGCUUUUGCAUAGAUUAUUGAUUUCUUUUUUUCAUGAAAGAGUCUUUACGCCAACUUUAUGAUCAAAACAAAUCCUAUUGUAUUUAAAAAUAAAAAAUAAACUUUUCAUGUAUUCCUUUUAAAGAAAAAUACACAAAAACUAAUGUAAAGUCAAUUUUUCUUUUACAUUGUUGAGUGAAUAGCGGUGACAGAGUAUUAUUUUAUAAUAUCAUUGGUAUUCACCAAGAUGUCUCAAAACUUUAUGCAUAAACUCAAAACAACAAUAGAAAUGGUUGUUUCAAGCUUCGGGUCUAUGAAAGGUUGUUUAAUAUUUUUCGGCAUGUCUCAGAUCUUUCAGGAUUUUUUUGUUCUUCAUUAAUUUAUCUGUUUCCAAACAAAUGCCUUUUGUAGUUGUCAUGGUGCAAUUGUCUUAGGGUAAUUCAGAUAUACAGUAUCUUAGUGUAAAUGUAAUUUUUUUUUUUUCUUCUUCCUAUGUAAACUUUUUUUUUGGAAAAUUUGUAUGACUGUCAUAUUCAUUUUACACUUUGUCUUUCAGUGUACCUUCAGGCAAUUUUAACACAACUAAUGUGUCAAAUUUGAAUAUCAGUGCAAAUCGUUGCUUAAUAAGCUUAUGAAAAAGGUGCAUUCUCUCUUGGACUUUCUGCUGAUGAAAGGGAAAAUUGUGGCCAUCUGUGUUUCCUUACAUUUUUGCUUUUAUAAGUUUCUCUAGCAUUGAUACAUGUUUGAAAUCCUACAUUACUUUUCAUCUGCGUUGUCCAUUUUACUGGCAGAAUUCUACAUAAAGCUUCAUAUUUCCACUUCAAAAUGGACAGAAAAUAAAUAUACAUUGAUAUGAGUGAAGAGCAAUUCAACCAGCAAAAACUUUACUAACCCUAUAUAUAGAUUUCAUAUUUUGUAUGAACAUUACUAUUGGAACAAUGUAAAGGGGUUGAGAUAUAGUUUGUGUACAUAUAACAUUUUAUUCAGUUUUUUUUAUUCCCCAAAAUGUGUUUUGUGCUUCUGUCAAUGAGCUGAAUUGCCUGAAAAAUGACUUGCACUACCUCUCAACUCUUGUGAGAUUUUAGCACUUCCUAAGUAGACUGAAAUGUCAAUGUUAGACAUAUAUAACAUAGGGAAAGCUAAUCGCAUUGUAAUUUGUGGGGUUAUGCUGUUAGCACCACUUAUCUGGCUUAAAGGGACAUGACCAUUUUAUAUAUGCAUAGUAUAUAUGAAGCAUGGCAUUGCAAAAGACAUGCAUAGAAAAAUGUUUUAAAAGAAAUUAACUUUUUUUUUUUAAAAACAAUUUUUUUUGCAUUCCAGGAACAUACCCUUUUGAAAAACUUUUUGAGUAUGUUUACGUUGGUUCCUUUUGUUGUGAUUUAGCGACACAAGAAUGGCAGCAUUGAUCAAGCAAUGACUGUUUAACAUGUAACAAGGUUAUGGUUGUGAAGUCUGCAGGAAGCACUUCAUACUCCCUUGAAACCCCGUGCAGAAUUUUAUGAAUUAAAAGAUUUUUACUAUGCAUACUAAAACAUGUUAUUGGAAUUAAAUAUAGAUUUAACGUCCCUUUUAACUUUCUAAAGCCUUGAUAACUUUUUACAGCCUUCAAAUCUGCUGCUUGGUACAUCCCCAUCUCAUCGGAAGUGCCAGCCAAUGACAAUAUUUUGUCAGCCAAUUAAGUAAACAUUGUACAAAACACAUUUCAGAGGAAUGGAUUUGAAAGUAGAUUUAUAUUAAUGCGGUACACUCAUUGGAGACUAAGUAUAGUUUACACAAAAAAAAACACCAGUUCCCAAAUUCUGUUAAUUUUGAGGUUCUCAUGCACAUACAGCUAUGUAUAUAUGUGACUUAAAAUGAUCAAACAGUAUAUUGCAGAGUUAAGAAUAUGAGCAGAAGAACACAUUUUACUAUUUUAUCAUUUUCUUUUAGGAGUGGGUGCACCUUUACUGCUGUUUGCUGCUGGAGUAAGCUAAUUAUACCUUGAGUACGGUUUGCUAUAGCUGCCUCCUGGUUGCAAUUGUAAUAUGUAUAUGAUAUUGAAUAGAUUACGGUUUUGAGCCAAACCCAAAGACUAUAACAGUAUUCUGACAAAGUUGCAGAUAUCUUUUGGCCACUGUAUCUAACUCCUUUCCAUUUUUAAGGUACGAUUAGGAGUUUCAAGAGCAAUUUUGUCUUUUUUUUUUUUUUCUUUUUUCCAACAUUCAUUUAAGUUGUAAAAGUCUUUUUAAGCCUUUGAAGUGCCUAUGAUUCCAUGUAAAUUGUUGCAGACUAUGUUAGAGUGUAUGACAGUAAACAAAAAUGUCGGUAUUUUAUAAGCACAGAAAACUCUAAUGGUAAUUUUGUAGUCUUACAUCAAUAGAUCUAAAAUGUAAUUUGGGAACAUAAACACUACUGAAUAAACUUAUGUGGCCUAAUA